AGUUCAACCAUUACCAUCGCAUUCGCAUUUGAUAAUUAUCCGUUUAAUUGAUGUAGGGAUGGAUUUCCACUCCAUGAAUCGCAAACAGCUUCAGGCAUUAUGCAAGAAGCACAAGAUUCCCGCUAAUUUGUCUAAUCUCGAGAUGGCCAACAGGCUCACGAAAUUUCUCCAGGAAGAAAAUGUGAGCGAAAUCGAAUCGGGUGUUGAGGUUGUGAAUAAAAAAAGUAAGAAAGUACGAUUUAGUCCGGAGCAUGAAUUGAUUGAGUUUACCAGAUCGCCAAUAAAAAUUAAAAGAAGAAGUAGGAGGAAUUCUGUUUCAGGGAGAGAUAGUAAUUGGUCAAUUGAAAUGGAGGCAGAAAUUGUGGGUAGAGAGGGUAGCACUAUGCAAACUGGAGAGUUGAAGUUAGUGGAGGCAGAGGUUAAGCAGAAUAAGAGAGGAAGGAAGGCUGUGAAAUGUAAUGAUGGAAAAAAAUUUGCUUCUGCUGUUGAUAGUUGUGAAGAUGGCCAGUUGGAAAUGGAAGUUAGGCCAGUUAGAAUGACGAGGUUGAGAGGGAAGACGGAAGCAGAGGUCGAGAUGAAAUGUGCAAAAGAUGAUUGUAAGAGAGACGAGAAAGCUUCAGAUAGUGUCAAGAAUGCUGGGCACACUGAGAUUGCGGAGAAUCAUAGUAGGGUUACCAGGUCUAAGGCACAGAAAGUGACAGAAGCUCCUGCAGCAAAGGAGAAAAGAGGGAGAAAAGAAGUGAAAAAUAUUGGUAAGGUAGCUGCUGUUAGAGCUGAGACUGGUGACAAUAGAGACUCUUUGAGUAAGAGAGGGGAUGAGGGUGAAGAAAAAUCAGCUACGGGUUCAGAUGAGAGAACUGCAGGAGAACAUGUGACUGUUGAACAUCAACUUGUUUUAAGGAGAUCUAAAAGGAAAGUGAACCGGGUUGGUGAAUCUGAGAUGUUGAUUUGUGAUACAAGGGAACAUGAAAAUGGCAAGGUCAAGGGCUCAACAAAGACAAUAAAGUUGUUGGCAUCAGGUGUUCUGGAAGUGGAUACAGAAAUUAGUGGAGUUGAAGGGGAUCAAGGUAGAGGAGCAGUUCUGAAAAUUGAAGAACCUAACAGGAGGAAGACCGUGAUUGAUUAUACUAGUCUUAUAGGUGAUACAUUGAGAAGCUCACUGACACAGCCAGAUAUUGUUCCUGAAGUUUCUAAAGGUGAGAAGAUGGUUAUCCAGCCUAUUGGAGUUACAAGGAGGUCUAGGCGUAAGACUAUAAGUGUGAAAUUGGUUUCUACUAGUGAUACUGAUUCAGCUGCAGAGAAUCUCGAUGCAGAAAAGCCUAAAAGUGAAUCAUGUCUAGGAGAGAAGGAGAAUUUUGCAGUAGUUCAGAAGAAUACGCGAGUAAUAAGGAAUACUUCCAAAUGUAAGCCACCAGGGUCUCUAGACAAGGUUGGUACUGAUUCAGCUGCAGAGAAUAUUGAUGCAGAAAAGCAUAUAAGUGAAUCAUGUUUAGGAGAGAAGGAGAAUGUUGCAGCAGUUCAGAAGAAUAUGCGAUUAACAAGGAAUACUUCCAAAUGUAAGCCACCAGGGCCUCUAGACAAGAUUGGUGGAGAUUCUAAUAUUCACCAGAAGAACAACGUAACGAAGAGAAAAAGAGGUCAGGUCACAGGAGAUGCCAUGAUAAAGAACAAUGAUACAAUCUCUGGAGAACAGUCAUUGACAGGAAGAAGCAGUGCCAAAGUUGUGUCUCCAACUGCGAAAGGCAAAUUUUCUGAUGAGAUGAACCAACCACACAGACUAGACAAGCCCAAGACGCUUGACACUUCAUCUCAUCACGAUUCUUCGGGAAUUGGGGAAUCGUUGUUCUUGAAUGUUCAGCUGUCCGUUUCAAAAGAUUCAGAAAGUGCUAACAACUCGUGUUCCAAAAAUAUCAUUAGUGAUGUGGAUCUGACGUCUAUAAAAGAGACUCAUGAAAUGAAGGAAGAGGUCUCUGCUGCUGAUAGUGCUGACAAUUCUUGUAUGAACUUGGCCAAUGAAGGAAAGUUGGUGAACUCAAACGCAAAUGCAGCAUCCACAUCCAAGAGUGCAGCUCGGGGCACUGAGUCCUCAGCUUCUGAGGAUCAAAUUUGUAACAGCAGCAUUGUGGAAGUGAAAGAGGGCAAGUUACUAUUGGAGUUUGAUGUCCAGGAAUCAGUUGAGCAGAAUAUAAAAGAAGUGGAUAGGAAUGGCUCAGAAGCUCGGAUGUAUAGCCAAGCGGAAGAUUCUGGAUGCGACAACAAAAUCAAUGACCAAGUACUUGCAGAAGGCUUAAAUGUUCCGGAAGAGGAAGGUUCUGCUGAGACAUGCUCUUCUGCUGACAGAUUUUUGCAUGGUGAUCGAACAGAUGUUACGACUGACCUAGAAGUAGCAGAGACUGAAGUGGAUGAACACGUAAAACCAUGUAUCAGCUUGGCUGAUCACCAUAAUGAUCAAGAUGACUUAGAGUUAGGAGCAUCCAGUAAUAUUUUGGACAUCAAUAACGAAGAUACAUCCCGAACACCUGGAGCCUUUGAGUCUUGUGGGACUGAUUAUACCCACUCAAAGAGUUCUUCAAAACUGAAGGAGCCAUCUUUAGGCAUGACUAUGCAUCAUGUUGAUGAUGUGGACAAAGGAUUUGAAACCUUCUACCAUAACGGUAGAGCUUCAGAAUUGGCUGAAGCUGACGAAAGAGGUUGCUCAAAAGAUCAAAGUAAUUCAAGUGACCAGUUCAAUGAAUCCAAUAUGCCUGAGCUAUGUCAUAGUGAGAGAAAUGCUGGAAUAGCCUCACCAGAUGGAAGUAUCUUUAAAGGUGAAUAUUUAUUUAUGAAUUCUGAUAAGCUUUGUACAGAUAGCACUGGUGUUAAUUUAAAAAAAGGUCAUGAUGAUGUUCAAGUGGAUAAGUUAUUCGAUCAAGAAGGAAGAUACGGGAUCACACCACAAGAGAAGGAAAACUUUUCUGGUGAACAUUCAGUCGAGGAUUUUAAUGAGCAAGGGCUGUCACAACAUGAUUCCCCUUCUAUAGCACCCACCACCACGUGCAAAAGCACUGGAGAUCAUAAGAGCUCUAAUUCACAGAAAACUGAUCCUUGUAGCCCCUCUUGUGAUUCUGAAACUCAAGCGGAGAAGCAAAAGAGUCUAGUGGCCAAUUCCAAUGAACUUGCACACUCUAAUAAGAAGCAGGUAACUUUGAGCAGUGCAAGUGAACUGGCAGGAAAUGCAGUAUGCUUCUUAACGAGUUCUGAGAUGAAAGAUGCUGUAGGCCUCAUUGCUGAUGAAGAUGUCAAUGAUGAAAACUAUGGCAUAGAUGAAGAGGUUUCGGCUGAGGCAAGCAUUUCAUAUGUCAAAAGUUGCUCUGUCAACAAGAUAGCGGCUGGAAGUCUUGGUGAUGUGAAGUUUCAAGACACCGUGGAAACUGUUGAACAUGAAAACCUGGUAGCAAGGAUGACAGAGUCAGAUGCAGAUGAAGAGGCUACUCUUGCGACAUCUAGGCAGAUCUGGGCAGAAGCUGAAGUUCAGAAUCUGUUUGGAACCUCGGACCAAUAUGCUCCUCCUGGUCUAAGUGACACUUUCUGUCAAGGAUCUGAACGAGCAAAUAUUACAAUGUCGGAGAACAAAUCAACUCCCAGCAAUAUUGGCAUCUUGACUGAGAAGCAGGAAAAAGAGAUGGAUGAAGAAAGUGGUAUCGAGAGUGAUGCUAACAUCUAUGAAAAUGUGCUAGAAUCUCUGUUUGCAACACCAGUAAAGAUUGCGACUCCCUGCAAGACAGAGGAAACUUAUUCUUAUGACAGUAUAUUGGACGGAAGUGUGACGUCGGUUCAUGAAGGGUCGGUGACAAUGAAGGAAAAUGUUCCUACAGGAGUUACGUCCAAUGAAAAGGCUCAGAAUGCUGGAUAUGAGAUUGAGAACAACUUAGGCACUGGAGCUGCAUUACCAGGUCAUGGGGGAGAUGACAUUUGCGAAGAUGCAAAUAAUGUUGAGAGUUUUGACAGAGUAUUGGACGGAAGUGCAACAUUGGUUCAGGAAUGGUCAGAAGCAAUGAAGGAAAAUGUUGCUACAGAAGUUACGUCCAAUGAAAAGGCAAAUACUGGGGGAUAUGAGAUUGGGGGCAACUUAGGCACUGGAGCUGCAUUAUCAGAUAAUGGUGGGGAUGACAUUUGCGAAGAUGUAAACGAGGUUGAGAGAGUACUGGACGGAAGUGUGACAUGGAUUCAGGAAUGCUCAGAGGCAAUGAAGGAAAAUGUUGCUACAGUAGUUACAUCCAAUGAAAAGGCACAUAAUGCAGGAUAUGAGGUUGAGAGCAACUUAGGCACUGGAGCUGCAUUAUCAAAUAAUGGCGGAGAUGCCAUUUUUGAAGAUGUAAACGAGGUUGAGAGUUUUGAAUUGCUGAAUACUUUCACUGGAGUUCUUUUUGAAGCUGAAUAUGACGGUUGUGAAGCUUUGGAGGAUCAGUUGACCCAUAGCAAAGAGGAGUGCCUUCUAGAAAGUAAUUCAAUAACAGAAGAAGACAUAGAAGAGCAUGCCAUUCCUCUAGCAGAACCCUGUCUUAAUGACGAAGAAACAGAGAAAAGUAUUAUUAGCGUAUCUGGGUCACCACGGGAUUUAUAUGAACUUAGGCCAGAAUCACUUAGUUGUAAGAGUGAAGCUCAUAAUAAGUUUAAUGGGGAAAUGACUCAAAGUACUACAUCUGAAUUAUUUGAUGCCAAUCUUCAGAAAUCUGAUGUUCCUGAGAACAGUCAUCUUCCCUCUGCCUGCAAUAAUGAUCAUGACAAUUCAAGGGAAACAUCGAUAAAGACUUCCAAUGAUCCAGAAGUGGAAAAUAUUGGCAGCUUCAAUAAAGGUAUAUCUCCCCUGAUUUCUUUGAAGGCCUCUCCUGAUUGUGAAGAAUCAAUACUAGGGAGAGAUGAUCAAUAUGAAGCCAAGAAAUUGGAUGAACAAGAUGGAAUCCCAAAAUGCUCCCAGGAUAUUUCUGAUGAAUUGCAUACCAACAGUGAAGUGGCAAUUCAGGGAAAUGUUUCAAUUGGUUACAAUAACAGUCGGGAACUGGAGCAGCUUGUAAGUUCUGAUGAACUUGACAACAAAAGUAAGGAGGCCAAAGGGAUGGAAACGAUCACACAGACAAAUAACACAGAUGCAGCUGCAGAGCAUGGAUCAUUUGCCUGCAGGACAGUAUCUGGAGAUGAUAAAAAGUUAGAAACUGGAGAGCCUGUUCUCAGUUUAGAUGAGGAAAAGGUGCAAGAUGCUGGAUUUGAACAUGAAAACAGCUCAUGCGUUGGAGAUUUAUUGUCAGAUGAUCGUGGAGAAGACACUUGUGGAAAGAUGAACGAUGUUGAGACUGUUGAGUUCAAAGUUACCUCCACUAAUGUUCUUUCUAAAACAGAAUAUGAUGGUGAAGCUUCUGUGGAGCAGUUUCCUGAGAACACAAAGGAGGGCCAGAAAGGAACUAGCUUCAUCCCAGAAGACAAUGAAGAAAAGGUCACUUCUCUAGAAACAGACAGUGGCAAUGAAUUGACAGAGGAAUAUCUUAAUAUCUUGUCUGGCACACCAAAGAAUUUGGAUAAAAAUGGAGGCUGCCAAGACAUGUUAUUUGAUAAUGUUCUGUCAGAAAGCGUCAGUUGUAAGAGUAGAGCUGAUUAUAAAUCCGAGCAGGAAAUUAUACAAAGUAGUGAAGUUGAAGAUGAGUUAUCUGAUGCUGAUCUACAAAAGUCUAACAUUUCUAAGAAUAGUCAGAAUGUCAUAGAUGAAGGUACCUAUCUGCCUCUAUCUUCAGAGGCUUCCCCUCUCUCUGAUGAACUUACACAAAACAAAAUUUGUGGAGUUAUGAUUUGUGAUGAGAUAGAUGCCAAAGGAAAAUCCUCUCAAGAUGUGUCUGAUGAGUCGCAUACUAACAGUGAAGUGGCCAUUCCAAAAGGCCUUUCAGAUAGUAACAACCAGACUGAGGAUGCUGGGCUUGCUUGCGGUCUUGAACUUGAGAGAACAUCCCUGGAGACAAAUGAGGCAGGCACAGCCACACAGGAUCUUAACAAAGGUGUUCAUCCUAGAGACCUUGGUUCUUCUGUUUGUGGUGCAGAACUGCAUCUCCACGUAAGAGAUGAAAAUACUGACAGUUUAAAGGGAGACAAUAGCAUGAAGGACACUGAAGAGGCUGAGACUUUAACUACUCAAAUGGUUCAGUUUCCCAUUGAGCUUCAAUUUGAGAAGAAUGUGGAAGACUUCAAGAAUGAUACUCACGCACUCUCAAACUCGCCAGCCUCUGGAUCUGAUGAGAUUUUAAGGGAAAGUGACGUGGCAGGCACAAUUAAAGAGUACAUUGAUUCUGAAUCUUCUCUGCCUGUGAUCUUUGAAAACUCUGGUGCCAGCCUCCCGAGUGACAUGUUGGCAGAUACUGAUGAAAUAGUCGCUAGUGAAAAAUCAGCCAUGCCCAUUAACGAAAAGGACAUUGCUGCUAGGCUUGACUGCCUAACUCCAAUGAUGGAGAUAUCUUCCCACUCGUCCAAGGAUGAAGAUACUGUGCCAUCACUUGAAUGCCUCAAUACAGAACAAGAGGAAGUCACACUGUCAACCGAACUUGCUCAAGUCUCCGGGAAAGCAGCAAAUUCCCAUGAACGCGUUGAUGAAGGCAAUACUAUUAAGCUUGAUGCUGAUGAAGAUGGGCAUAUUACGGCUUGUUCGACCAAGAGGAAGAAUGCUAGAACCAUUUUGAUCCAUGGGACCCCCGGUAAGCUUAUUGCUGCAGACAUGAAGGAGAACGAGCUGAACCAGAAGCGCUCGAACAUAGGUGAUAUCACAGCAGCAAGACCAGCAAAGAGGAGACCCUUACAGGAUCUUCGAAGGAAAUAAAUUUAUCUUAUUUUCUACUUAUUUGGUGUUGUAAGGCGGCUGCCUUAUGCAUAUCUCAUGCAGAUAGAUAUUUAUGAAACAUUUCUCAUGUAAUCUGAGACACUGAAUUGAUUAGUAGACAAUAUUUUAUAUUUGUAAAGGGUAAAA